AUGCGAGGCAAGGUGGACGGGACGAUGCCGGGUUGGGCGGGAGGAGUCAAGACGAGACGGUCCACGGGCAACAUCUUGAGCUUCUGCGACGUGGGGCUGAAGAUCUCGGGCGUUGUGCCCAUCAGCAGCCACGCGGCCCUGCAUUUGCCCAACACGUCGCUGACGGCCGUCGCGGCCGCCACCACCGAGCGCCACACCGUCGCCUUCCUCGGCACCAGCGACGGCGUCAUCAAGAAGGCUGGGGCUUUCAAUGCCGUGUUGCUGCCUGAAGAAAUGCCGUGGAAAUCUGUUGAAUAUUUAAUUGCCACUUUUAUGGCGUUGUCUCAUCUUUGCGUGCGCCAGAAAAUCGUGCAUUACUGGCGUGGAGAUAUUGGUGGAGAACAUUUUGCUUGA